AUGCUCCGCUAUCAAACAACGGGAUUCAGUGGAUACGGUGUACAAUAUUCACCAUACUACGAUAAUAUACUAGCUGUGAACACUGGGUCAAAUUUUGGAUUGGUUGGGAAUGGUAAGUUAUUCAUACUCGAAAUUGAUAAUAAUGGUGUAGUGAAGGAGAAGAAUUCGUUUCUUACAAAAGACUGCCUAUUUGACUCUGCAUGGAAUGAAUUGAAACCCAAUCAGGUAGUUGUGGCACAAGGUGACGGCUCUUUAAGACUAUUUGACACUACUUUACAGAAAUUUCCCAUUGCUAUGUUCCAUGAACAUAGCAAAGAGGUUUAUAGUUGCAACUGGAAUUUAGUGAGUAAGUCUAAUUUUGUCAGCAGUUCGUGGGAUGGCCAAGUAAAGAUCUGGUCGCCAAACAGGAAGGCAAGUUUAAUAACGUUCUCCCCACACCCUAUCGAUGUCUCAAGAGCUUUAGAUAAUUUACCGGAAGUUUCGCAGAGGGAUAAACUUUCACCAAAUCAAGUAGCUCAAAAUAGAAAUUGUAUCUACCAGGCGACAUUUUCGCCUCAUGAUGAUAACCUUAUUUUAUGUUGUGCGGGAAACUCAUAUGUAACACUAUUUGAUCUUCGACAAAACCCUGGAAACAAUCAAAAGAACUUUAUUGCUCAUAGGGGAAAAGGUGCCCUCUCAUGCGACUUCAAUAAAUACAGACCAAAUAUAAUUGCAACUUCUGGGGUUGAUAACAGUAUUGGCAUAUGGGAUAUAAGAAUGCUACCUAACUCGUCAAAUCAACAAGGGUUUCAGACAGGCACUUUGGUUAACGAAAUUGUUAAUGCACACGAUUUGGCGGUUAAGAAAGUUUGCUGGUCACCUCACCACUCAGAUAUACUCUUAUCCACAUCCUAUGACAUGUCUUGUAAGAUUUGGAAGGAUGUAUCUGUACAGAAUAAUGUACCAACUGGUAAGACAAACGGCUCUUUACUAUCCAAUGGACUUCUUUCAAACUUCAAACACCACACCGAAUUUGUAUUUGGUGCCGAUUGGAGUUUAUGGGGUAUACCAGGAUAUGUUGCCACUGCUGGGUGGGAUUCUAACGUAUUCAUAUGGAACGGCCUACAAUAG